AUGUCACGAUUCAGUCUUCGAAGUGCUUCAGAAAACUUAAGAUUACUUGAUGAAAAACCUAAUCGCAGAAAGACAUGUAACCCAGUUUCGAUAUCUAUGAAAAGAAAUUCAUUGGCCAAGGAUAUCAAACAUGUAACAAAUAUAAAGGAAGAAAACAUCAUUGAUGACAUUAAAAUCGAAAUUGAUGAUGCGGAUAAGGUUUCCUCCGAGGCAACAGAUACACCACAAAAAGACAAAACUAUAAAUGACGGUGAUGACGACGAUGCUGACGAUGACGACAAUGAAGAAAGUCCUCCAUCUGCAACAGACAAUAGCGAUUUGUCCUUCAGGCAAUAUAUAUCGACAUCGUCCUCGCUUCAAGCCAGUUUAAUAUGCAGUCUACCAUUGGAGCGAAUACACGAUGUUUUGCAAAAACUUAAUCUUACCAAUCAUUCAAAGCACCACAUAAACAGUAAAGAUGUGGACGAAGUCGAUGAGUCCUUGGAUAAUGAUGAUGAUGAAGAAGAUGACAACAACAUAUCCAAACAGUCUACAUCUUCGGUAAAGAAUCUAUGUUUGUAUUGUGACAAGAAAUUCUCAUCACAGAAAAUGCAGGUGAAACACGUGGAAAAGUUUCAUUGCUUGCAACAGGAUCGUAGAUGCAGUGGACGCAACUCACAAAUGCAGCAAACACAGACGCCAAAAAAACGCAAAAAUACAACGGGAUCUCAGAACUUUACCGGUUGCUCAUACUGUCCGAAAAAUAAAGGCCAGCCACAGUCCGUUAUACUGCCCGCGUCGGAAUUGAAUGCAUUGUUCCUCCACCUAGCCGAUUGCCAUUCUGAUAGGUAUUUUGGUUGUAAGACGUGUGUUUUGAGGUUUCAGAAUAUAUCGAAGCUUUCGAAGCAUAUGGAAGUUGUUCAUAAAAGUUUGUCAUUUGCUUUCGAUGAGAGUAGCAGCAAGUCCAAGGAUAAUGACACUGAUUCUCAAAUGUUGUCUGACAAGUCUAUGAUUGGUGAAAGAAGUAAAUUAUCACUGAGACGACAGCAGCGAUCCCAGAAGUCUGGCAGUGCUGGUGCUGGUAAUAGCGUAAAUAGCAGUAACUUUGUUCAGAGUACUGUUCAGUGUACUACAACUAUUGUGUCGAAUUCUUCAAUUAUUGGUGCCGAAGAACCAAUAUUAUCGCGUUUGGGAUUAACACAAAAUCGGUUGCCUAACAAUCGUAAAGGCGUGCGCCUUCGCAGAGAGAAGUUGAUAUCUGAGAUGCUACUUAAGUCCGAACAGAACAGCCAACCAUCAACAAAUUAUACAAAUACAGUUACUACCUCCUCCACAGCAUUGAACUCUGCCACCUGUUCGCCGAAAUUACGCGGCAAAGCCAUAAAAGCAGUCAGUGGGUUCUCCGGUGACACAACGUCGGAUGUGAUAUUCCGUGUGCCCACUCGCAAUGAUAUACUUUCCUGUGUGUUUGACGAUAACUUCUACAAGGAAGUCGUAUCGAAUGUCCGCAAUAAUUUACUCUUCCAUUUAGACGGCAAAAUCAUGGGUAAUUCUAUGGAAUCUCCGGACUCGGCUGUUAUGCGACAUACUAUACAGCCGCAAAUACGGAGCACCCUAGUCAAAAGUCCUAUAGUUAUUACGACUGAUAGUGAGAUUCACGCGGCCACAAGUCUAGCUGCAAUUACCGCAUUUCCAACGCUCCUCACAGCCGAACAAUUUGGUGGGGACGGCCAUUCCUCGAAAAUUCGACGACCACAUACCAAAAAUUCCUGGAAAUGGAAAUGGGAUAGCGUUAAGAAAUUUAAAUUCGUAAAUGAAGGAGGCAAGAUUGUCAAGAAAAUGAAGCACCCAAUGUUGGGACUGCGAGAUUUAUCUAAACUGGACAUGUGGACACAACUUACUAUGCGACAGAAACACGAACAGCAAACGACACAAAAUGCCACCCAAUCACAUAAUGCUGCUGAUACUUGGAACGUCUCAGAAAUACCCAGUGACCCAUCACGUGAGGAAAAACAACGACUUAAUGAUCAACUCAACAUGAUUCUGGAUAUGCGUCUCCUUCCGCAUAUCAUUCUCGAACAAAAUGAACAGGCUAUAAUCAAGUUGGAGAACGAUGAAUUUGGCAUUGCUCCCAGUCAGCUAUUGAAUGAAGAUUGUGGCGACAAUUUCAUGGAGCAGACAUUUGCCGAUGAAAGUUUUCUUUCAAUGUUGAAUUUGCUGCCAAAUUCUGACUCUCGUAAAUGUCGGUCAAGACUUGUACUGAGUGGAGAAUGGGCAAGGCCCAGAUGUUAUCUCUGCAUGUGCUGUGGAGCCAAAUUCGAAAAGCUAAAAUCCUUGGAGGAACACAAAAUGUUCCGCCAUUCGCAAAUACUAUCUACACACUAUGAGGUUGUUGGUCGGGAACUAUUAAACGGCAACCUAUUGCGACAUUUAUUCUUGCCAAAGAAGGCUCUCAGCCGAUAUGCAAACGACAUGGGUAGUAACCAGAUAUACAGCGGGGCUGCGAGAAGGCUAUUUUGGCAUAAGAACGAAACCAUAUGUCGAGAAAUUACGAACAAUGAGGAGUCAUCAGACAGUUUGCAAUCGAUGCUAAACAGUUGUACGACGAAUUCCCUAAGUAUUAAGAACAGCAGUAGUACCGAAGACUGUGAUGUCGUGGACACAAAAAUGGCCACCGUCGCGUCAUUGGGUCUAAUGGCUACCACUGCUGUCGUCUCACCAACACACAGUAUACAAUCCUGCAGUUCUUCCUCAUCAAGCGUCAUUAAAUCAAAGACUCAGAGCCGAACUGGUGGAAGUAUAUAUGGGGGGAACGGUUGUUCGAAAUGUGGCCGUAAAUGCAAUGGUAUCCUCGAUUUAUAUCGCCAUAUGUUGGACUGUUCUGGAGAUUAUGUAUGGUCGUUGGCGAAAAAACGCAAAUAUCGUUACUAUUGCGGCUCGAAGAAGCGUAGGCCCUGCAAUAAACAUAGUAUUCUGGAAUUGCGAAAAGCUAAAUCUGCAGCAAAACCUGCUGCGGUGAAAUCACCUCCUACAACCACAAACGAAGGCACAGAAGAUGCUGCCCCCAAUACGUCCAGUAAUUUCACGACCAAAUCUAAAACAUCGCCCAGACCCCGACCGAGUGAUGCUGAAUCCAUAAAAAAGAUGUUGGAGAAUUUACCGCCCAAAAGGGUCUGUAAGAAAAUCUUUCCCACAAUUAACAAAACCAAAAAGACCAUGAAGAAUAUAAAGCCUAAAAUUUUGGCCAAACAUAAAAUAUACAAUAAACUUCGAAAUACUCGUGUUCGCCAAAUGACCCAAGCGGCGAAGAUAUUGUCAAAGACAAAAACACAACUUCAAAAGUCUAAAAGAAUGACAACACGAUCUGCCACUACACCACCCUUAACAAUGACCACCAACAAGAACGCUAAAGUAAACGCCAAUAAGAAGAGAGCCGUAACCAAACCAGUUGCAGAUAAGUCGUCGGUCACAAAAUCUAAACCUGCAGAGGAGAAGUCGUCGAUUAGUGAUGAUGUAGAUCAAAGCGGUUUAACUAUUAGCAAUAAAAUCAAAUUAGAAGACCAAAUCGAUUCCUCCAUGACAACAGUAACGGUAGUCGAGAAACAUGUUACGAAUACUGAGAAUAGCAAGAAUGCUAUUACUUGCACCAGGAGGGUCGUGUUUGAACCAGAUGGGACAAACCAGAACGAACUAUCUAACACGAAUACCUACAAACCGAAUGAUGUUGAUCAAGUGGAUGCUGCUGCAGCAUCGGCUUCUUCGCUAUUAGAGAAUCUCAUUGUUGAGGGUAAAAAAGAUUCUAUUCCCAAUGAUCGGUUGGGGAAUGUUAAUAAACAGGCUGAUGUUGUUAACCCGAUCCAAAUAAAUACAGUUACUGAAACGGAACGCCAGGUGGCAAACAAUAAAAAUGUUAAACGAAGUAAACGGAUAAGCGACUGCAUAGCAAUGUUAACCGGAAAAUUGGAGCAAAAGCUAAAAACCGAACAAAAAGCCUCAGUCCCACCUGUAAAUAGUAGAUCGACAAUAAACACUGUUACUGAACAACCACCAAUAGAGAAUGUUGCCGUCAUUCCAACCAUGCCAGCGCCACAAGUGUCACAGCAGAAUGAAGAAUUGCUUAAGAGUGUUUCACAAUCAGCUGACGAAUUGGAUACAGAUAAAAAUAAUACAACAAAAAAGACACCAAAAAGAAAAACCAUAUCCAGGCGUAUAAUUAAGGCAGACGAUGGAACGAGUCCGACUAAAUCAACAGAACAGAACAUUGAGGGUUCUUGCAACCUUCCAAAGUCUACGGAUAAAACGAUCAAUGUGUCUUCGGUAGUUAAAGAUAAACCCGCAGCAGUCACAGCGGCUUCUGUCAAAUUAAAUAUUAACGAACAACAAAAACCCACACGAAUUGUGGCAAAAACUGCCCCAACACCUGAUGUUUGUAUGUUUAAUACGAUGGAUAAUAAACAAGCCAAAUCAAUUCCCACAGCUGCAUUAAUAGGUCCACCACUUCCCGCCGUCAUGCCCUUGAAUAAUCAACAUCUCAUGCCCCAAGUCCCUAUGUUCAUACCCGUCGAAAACUUGUGUGCUCCACACCUACCAGCCGCACUACCUUCGUUACCGUUACCGUUGCCUUUACCAGUACCGGCACCUGCUCCCACUCUUCAGCCCGCACCGAUACCACCACCUGUGGAGAAACCUGUGCAGCCGCCGACUGUAAUACAUGCGGUUCCUCCUCCAACAGCAAUUGGAAUCAUACCACCUCCCGCAGCUAUACCACUGAUUACAUCGGUGCCACCAGCCCAUUUACCAGUUGCAACAGAGCCAUUAAACUUGUCGAGUUCUGCAAAAAAUACCCAAAAGCAAAGUCAAGAUUUGUCAUUUUCAAGUCGUCAAAAAAUCGGUGGUAUGCCAGCAAGACGGCAAACAAUUUGUGGCUUUGAAGCACGAAAUUUUAUAAUGUAUGACGAAAUGGAACCAUUGGAUCUAUCUAACAAAGCAAGACCAGAAAAGGCAUCACCUUCACCUAUAGUUCAAGUUCAAACGCUAUCGCAUCCACAACUACCGAAUGUAUUGCCUUCGAAGCCAACGGAAAUAACACCGAUAUUAUUGCCAACUCAACAUCCAUCUGUACCCUUACCUCCUUCGUCCACAAUGCCAACUUCAGUUGAUCCAUCACUCUUGCCCGUACCUCCGAUUACACCUGAUGCGCUGCUUAACAAACAUUUCUACUCAAAUUUGGAUCUAUUGAGAAUACCCCAAGUCCGAAACCCGGUGGCUGGCCAAGGAGCUGGCGUUUCGGAGACGCCGCCAUUGCCAUUGCCACUGACGCAACAACAACAAGCUCCAAUGCAGCCGCCAACAACAAUCCUAACACCACAACCUUCAUUGGUUGUAAAUCCUGUUCCCAUUCCUGUUGCUGUCCCUAAAGUUGCUUCAAAAAAGCGCAAUAAGUCUUCGGUAGCGAUACAGAACAAUGUACAUGUUGAAUGCAAUCAAACUAUCAAUAAUAUUGUUGCUAAGCCGACAGUUAGCUCGAAAGAUUCCAUUAUUAUCACAACGAAAAAGGACACUUCUUCGAAGAACAAAGGGCCGCUUCGCAUGGAUGAGGAAGUUAUAAACCACAUUGAUGAUGCUAUCAAUUCCGUCAUAAAUGCUGUUAAGGCCAGUUUGGACAACGAAGAAGCCGAAAGAUCCAAAGCGGUUUUUAUAUCAACUCAGCCCCAACCAGCUCCCCCCUCCCUAAAGACAACGGAUGAUGUAAAUGUAACUAAGGAAUCAGUUGGAGAAUUUAAGUAUUUAACUGCCGCAAGACGCAAUAUGCGAUCGAAGACAUUAGACUGCCGACCUGCUGCUUUAAAUAGAGUACAUGUACAGAACACUCCGCCUUUGACGACCAACAAUACUCAACAGACGGUCGAUGCCAAGGCCAAGACUUCGCACCAGCAAACCAUAAGCGUAAGGAAUAUUGAAACACUAAUGGUUCCUGUAGCUGACGUCAAUAAUAUUACUACCUAUGCCAGUAGUACAUUAGUUCCAUGCAGUAGUACUAACAGCAUGACCACAACAGACGUCGUAUUAUGCACGGAAACAGAAAAGAACGAUACAACGAUGCAUGUUAAUAAUAUUCCGAAAGUUCUUGAGUCUCAAUUCGUGGCUCAUUCUACAGAGGAGCGCCCAGCCCAAGUUGUGACAGAAGUUCCAAAAGCGAUCCCAGAAACAAGUUUACAUUUCGAAGAGAUUAGUGCUAAAGCACCGCCAGUAAUUUCUCAGCCGGAGGAUUCUGCAGAGAGGAUUAAAACAGGCGAAACCAAAUCUGGUGGCUUAGCUGCUCUCUCAGACAUCAGUGCGCACAGAAGUGUUCUGCCUACAACAACAGUGACUUCGGCGGUGGCCACGACAGCUACGACGACGACGCCGUCAAUUACCAGCACUAAUUUAGACCUGGAACAAAUGAGCAAUAACAACAAUACAUCGUCCGGUUUUCACAGUUCAGCGCAGUCGGAUCAACAGACAUCAGUGAUGUCCACUACAACCACGGUAUCCACGUCCAUACCAGUUGCCGACCCAAAAAAGAAGCAAAGACGACGCCGCAAAAAUGAAUUGGCAGCAAUAGUGGCAGAUCAACUUUUGGAAAGCUUCAAGUUGGAUAAAGCGCGACGAGACAAUCUAAAGAAAUUGGAAAAUUUGGCAUAUGAAAAAAGCGAGGAUCUUCUUUUGACGGGAAUGCUCUUAAUGUCCAGCACAAAGAGAAAUGUGACAUCUUCAGCACCGACAAUUAACAAUUCAAUGACACCAACGUCGGGACCGUCGUCAGCCGCAGACAAUAAUGAGAGUAUUUCCAAACGAAAUAACAAACAGCAGCAAAAUGCCGACACCUCUAAAAUGAAUGACACCAUCCACGGCAUUGACAAUGUAGGGGAGCAAUAUCCCACCACCAAUAAUGAUUCAAAAAUUACGUUGACCGAAAGCACUGACACUGGAGAUAAUAAGAAAAAUAGUAAACGCCGCCAGUGUCGACGUCGAGGAAAAACUUUGGACAAUGAAAAUAUUAGCAAGCUCAAAUCAUCCCUAGAAUCCUUUUCUAUUGACAUUGAACGCCAACUAACCGAAUACGAGGCAAAGAACUCUCAGCUAAAUGCUAAGUCUCAAACGGCUCUUAAUUCUAAAAGUACCGUUAUACUCAGGCCAAGCAUUCUUUCUAUGACAUUGGAGGCAAGUACAACGCAUCAAGAGAACCAGCAACUCCCCGUUAAGACGUCAGCUCCGACAGCCGAUACAAAUAAGACAGUCGUUUCUAGCCGAGAUCCUCGUCUCAAUAAAAAUAUUCACAAGGAAGGGGAAAAAAGUUCGACACUUGGAGAUGGUAAUGGCACCAGACCGCUUGCUCCGGCUCAAAAGAGUCCGGAAGUUAUUGGAGACGUUGAUGAGGAUAAUUAUUUAACAGAGAUUGCAAAGAACGUCAAUGAGAAAAUUAUGUCGACGGAAAAUGAAGAAUUUGCAUUUAAAGAUGAUGGCUUCGAAAUGGCCAAUGAUAUGGACAUGGGCAUGGACGAUUCAAAUAGCAAGUACUCCCGACCGCCAACGUCAAUGAGCGUGCGAAGUGCCCCCAAUUUCAACGACGAUCGUUCCAAUUUCGGUUCCAUCUGUGAUGAGAACACAAACACCGAAGUAAUGGACAUGGACUUGGACGAUGAAAUGAGUGUAUAUACCAGUUAUUCCCAAGACUUGGGUCGUGGCCGGGGUCGUCGAAGACGCCGAAGAAGAAGUAUAUUGCUGACACGCAAACCCAAAAAGAGGGCGUCAAGUAGAGAUAUGUCUGCGGAAAAGAUCGAAUGUAUUUUAUGUAAGAAAGUAUUCUACAGUGCUAAUUCCUUAACCAAGCAUAAUAUGACACUAGCCCAUGUUUCCAAAGUGUCGGAACAGGAGUACUUGCUUUCAAAGUCUAUAACGAAUUCGUCAUUAAACAUAGACCAGAAUCAGAAACACGGUACAUUAGGGCCUUAUGCUAGAAGAUCAACAAGGCGAGCAACUAUAUCAGAACCUCCAAUGCAUAUGCACUCGAAUUCCAUGGACGAUCUUCGGCCUACACUUCCGUUGACAACGGCCCCGAUUCAAACAGCACCGAUAACACAGCCACCUCAAUUACCUCAGGCAGAUCAAAUAUCUUUUAAACAACACGCUGCCAAUCAUGAAAUGGAGAGUGCAAAACACGACGAGCCACCAGCACCAGCCCAGAUGCCCCAACAACAACAUCAUCAGCCGCCGGACUAUAAUAUCGAUGCUUCAAAAGCAAUUAACCCACCCUCUUCACUGAGGGAUGGACCUGACAAUGACUAUGACGGCAACAAUGCUAACAUGGUUAAUCCACCGUUCAAUGGAAAUUCGCGAUUAAAUCUAAAUCCUGAUGAACGUUUGUUCUUCGAAUGUUGUAAUAUCUUGAAAAGUGCGGAAACGCCUCGACUCAAUAAUGUUAUUGUUCCCGAAGUUGUUCAAGAAUGCAAUAACAUCAAUGCCACCUACAAUGCUUAUCCGUUAAGGCAUCAGGAAAAGUCAUUGCCGGCGACACUAAACAACAGCGAUUGUCUGCGAGACCGAUCCAAUUUACCAAAUGUAAACAUGGACAUUACAGAAAGAAGUGGCAUUCAGCAUUCUAUUCCGAACAGCAAUGUAGUCCAGUCCAAUGUUCAACAACCGCCAAUGGAACAUAACACCAUAUUUAGAGAUCCACCACAAAACGUUACAAAUAAUUAUAACAACAGAUCUAUACAGGAAAAUAGAAAUGUCAGAUCACCUACAUAUUCUGCCAUUUCGCACUUAUCGGCGGUUACGAAUACCACUUCUCGUUUCAAAACCAAGGCAGCAAUGAAAGGAUACGAAAAUGUUAAUAUGGACCUGAUUCAGCAACAAGAAUCAAAGUCUAGGACAAUCUGCAAACUAACAGAGUUAGCGGAAAUUGCUUUGGGAAAUGAAGAUAAGCCGAGUACACAUAGUUUUUCACCCAUCCAGAGUAGUAACACACCAACCCGACCGUCCGCACAAAAUGCUCCCUGUGCGACCAAACCUGACCUGACGGCUGUGGAGGGCGCGACUCGUGUAAAGAGCGUACCAGCACCUGAUUAUGCCACAAUGUUAGCAACUGAGAAUAAUCCGAAGGAGUCAAAUGUGCCAUUGGUAUCGAGGACUGAACGAACCAAAAAUAAUGAGACUCGUAGUUCGACAUCAUCCAAAACAAUUAUGCAUUCCUCAAUUAUAAAGGCGGCAGUCGAGGAACAUCAGAAAACACCCACUUGUAGCAAGAUUAUAAUACCGGACAGACCCUUUAAAAAUAUUGGACUUGAAGAAAAGGAAACCAUAACGUUCCAAAAACCAAAAACACCCGCUGUCCACCUACUUACAGAGGACAACAAUAGUGUGUCUACGGGUAGCUUUUCGGACAGAGACGAUUACGAUUUCGGCUCCCUAAGCUGUGACGAAGAAGCAAGUGUGCGUGAAAGUAAUGAGAAAAAUCCGAGAAAUAACUCCACUGAUUCCAGCUCCGAGUCGAGUCGGGCAACAGCUAAGACCUUUGAGAACAAGUCGCUUAUUAUGGGGAGAAUCUUUAAGAAUGUCAGCACAAAAGCUGCGGUCAAAACUAAUGUCACUCCCGCCGUCAAAGUUAAAAGCGUGGGUGUACAGAAGGAUCAAGCUCCCACUCCAAAGGCGGAUUUGAACCAGUUAUUCGACGAGCUGAGAGGUAACUCGGGAGUAGAACAACAUCUAAAUGAAAGAGGUGCUGCAAACUCGGGAGCAAUUGAUAGGGCGUCUACAACUCUAGCCAGCAGUCGUACGAAUCAUAAACAGCAUCAACCAUCACCACCAGCAGUUGUAAGUUCAACUACUGCAACGCCAGCAACAACUGUUCGCAAAACUAAAGCUCGCGAGUCUCGAGCAAAGCCAAAAGCUGCUGCAAAAACCUCAAAAGACAUUUCUAAACUUCAAACGGAGCUUGGCAUGAGUCCGGACGAAAUUAAAAAAUUAAUAGAUGAGGGUCAGCGUAAAUCUAAACGCCGCUGUGCCACGAAUCGCCCAAAAAAAUUAGUUGAAAUGUGGAGUUCCGAUGAAUACGAAGAAUUCCUGUCAACCAAAGAUAUAAUAGCUUUAAUAGAGGAAAAGGAACAGCAGGAAGAGAAACGCAAAAAGCGCAAAAACAGUAUAAAUAUGUCGUCCAAUAACAGCGAAAUGGCCAAAGAAAAAGAUACCCCCGAUGUUACGUCUAGCACAAAAGAACCUAAACGUAAAAACAGUAGAAAGGUAAAUGCGAAUAUUGAUAUACCCAUACCCGAGGUGCUUGCAGUUGUCGAAGCCAAAUCCAGCAAGACGAAAAAGUCUGGAAAAGAGGAUGCGGUAAGUACAACUGGGUUUACUCUGCCUGAUAUAAAUACAGCAGGCUCAACAAAUAACGUUAAAGAAAAGCGAUCCCCCGCAAAGGGCAAAUCGAAGGCAAAACAAUCAACUGCGAAAACGGUAAAGACUCCGAAGUCUAAAAAAGAAUCCAAGUCGAAAGUUAGCAAAAAACCUAUCGACGAUGAUGACAACUAUGAGGAUGAAGAUGAUAUCGAUAAUAGCGACUUUGGUGAUGACGACUAUAUUAUAGCGGAUCUUAUAAAAAAGAAAAAGGCCAACGUUAAGGCAAAAUCCUCAAAAGCUGCCAAAAUAGCAGCUCCCACCGUAACAUCGACAGCUAACGUGAAAUUGUCCAAGACGCCGGCCGCCCCUACCGCUCAGUCAACUCGAAAAAGAAACUCCUUGAAUAGUGUCAAUGUCUCUCCAACGGAUACACCCAAAAGCCAAAAGCAAACAGCAUCGGCCACAUCAAAAACCAAACGUAAGAAUCAAACAAAUCAAUCGCCUCCUCGACGAAAAAGGCCCGCAACUGAAAAACUCUAUUACUGGUCAUCAUCUAGUGAUGAGGAGUUUGGACGCAUCAGUAACACCACCAAAGGUAAUCCUGUUGCGGAGAAUUCUGAAGGAGGAGGUGGCGUUGGCGGAGGCGUUGGUGUCGUCGCCGCCGCCGCAGCAAGCAGUGGCGCCGGCGGUGGUGAACAGUAUCAAAAGCACGGUUGGAUUGUAGGCGAUUCUCACAAGAAAUUGGUAACGCUAUUGGCUAUUGCCAAAGGCAAUAAAAAAGUCGAUUCUAAUUCAGGUGUUAAAAAGAACGUUACCAAGAAACGCAAUUAA